UUGUUUAUCAAAAGAUAAACGAAACUCAAAAAAAAAUAUUGCACCAACUCAAAGUUGAAAAAAAACGCAUCGACCAUCAUACAAAAGCAACAGAUAAUCUAUUAACUAACCAUGUUUGAUAGACCAGAAGGGAUAGAGAAGUGCAGAAUCUGGAUUGACGGAUGUUUUGAUUUCGCCCAUCAUGGCCAUGCUGGAGCCAUGUUACAAGCCAAACAAUUAGGUCGAGAAUUAUACGUUGGAGUUCAUUCUGAUGAAGAAAUCUUAUACAAUAAAGGUCCCACCGUGAUGAAGCUUGAUGAACGUAUGACAGCUGUUGAAGCUUGUAAAUGGGCUACUAAAGCCAUCAGCGAUGCUCCAUAUGUCACUGAUCCUAAAUUCAUGGAUCAGUAUGAUUGUAAAUAUGUCGUUCAUGGUGAUGAUAUUACUACUGAUGCAAAUGGUGAAGAUUGUUAUCAAAUUAUGAAAGAUUUAGGGAGAUUUGUGAUUGUUAAAAGAACUCCUAAUAUUUCCACUACUGAUUUAGUAGGGAGGAUGUUAUUAAUGAGUAAAAAUCAUCAUUAUAGAUCGAUUGAAGAUAAUGUUCAUCCAUUAUUAAAUGAUGAAAAUAAUGAAAAAUUUAAACGAUAUGCUACUGAUUUUACAGGAUUGAAAAAUGGAUCUGGAGUAUAUUAUUAUGAUCAAAAGCUGGAACAAAUCAAAUUAAUCAUUGAUCCAAGUGAAGAAAUAUCCAAUAAGACUACUAUCUAUUAUAUUGAUGGAGGAUUUGAUUUAUUUCAUCCCGGUCAUAUUGAAAUUUUAAAAUCAAUUCGUAAACAACAACAACAACAACAAGGGAAUGAUAUUAAGAUUGUGGUGGGGUUAUAUGAUGAUUUAACCAUUAAUACUAUUGAAGGAUUGAAUUAUCCAAUUAUGAAUAUUUUGGAACGAUCAUUAUGUACUUUACAAUGUAAAUAUGUUGAUUCAAUUAUAUUGGGAGUACCAUUUAAACCAACAGAAUCAUUUUUAUCAAAACUUGGGAAUGUGAUUAGAGUUUAUGUGGGUCCAGUAACUGAUAAAGAAUUACAACAAAAUAAAUAUGGAUUAUUGACUGAUCAAAGUUUGAUUCAUAAAAUUACCAAUCAUAAAUAUGAACAUAUGAAUACUGAAUUUAUUGUUAAUCGAGUUUUAAGUAAUAAGAAAGCAUAUGAAGAAAGACAAAAGAGGAAAGGAUGGAAAGCUGAAAUUGAACAAAAAUUGAAACAUGAAGAGACUGAGAAGGGAAGUACAAGUUAGAUUAGAUUUAGAAUUCGUAAAAUUUAUUUAUUUAUUUAUUUAUUUAUGUAUAUGUAAAAGUUUUAUAUAUAUAA